AUGGGGCAUGUACCGUGUCCCCCAGCAACACGUGAUGACGACGUUUCCGCUGCUGCUGAUGUUGCUGUUGUUGCUGGUGUUGCUUGCUGGUUGCUGGUUGGUGCCUUGCCGAUGCUGCUGGGUAGUGGUGACAAGGCAGCCGGUGUCGACCGACUGACUGACUACCUCCUAUGCAGUUCCAGGAGUCGCCAUGCAUCGCAGCGCAACCAUGUCCCGUUGCCGCCCCUUGCCCAGAGCUUCUGA